AUGGAUACCGAAGGUCAAGAUAUCAAUGCUGAAAACGCAUCAUCAUCAACAACGUCAAACGCUACAAACGCGACAACAACAUCGCAAGUUCCACGCAGUGGUUUACCGCCGUUUCCUCCCUUUACUCCACACCAAGAUACAGCAACAGUGGGUCAAAGAUGGACUAAAUGGGUUCGUCGUUUCGAAAACUUGCUUAUAAGUCUUCGUGAGUUUGAUUCAACCGUUAGGAGAGGUUUAUUGUUAACCUAUGUAGGCGAGUCAGCCAACGACAUUUUCGAUAUUCUCCCCGACACUGGCACAACUUAUCAAGAAGCGAUCGAUUGUUUCACUCAACACUUCGUGCCACAAGGAAAUACAGACAUGGCUAUAUUCGAUUUUCGAGAGCUAAAGCAAGGAUCCAACGAAACGCUCAACGAAUACUACCGUCGACUGAAGACAAAAGCAGUACAAUGUAAUUUUCACAGCGAGGAAGCCGAGAUUAAAUUAAAAACCCAAAUUAUUCACAAAACCCGCGAUUCCCGGUUAAGAAAGAAAGCGCUUCGUGAGACGAUGACUCUCAAACAAAUUCUCGACUACGGGAAUACCUUAGAACGUACAGAUGAACAGUCUAAACGCCUCGAUAACGCCAGCAAAUUCCAAAGCGAAAGUAACGAAACAGUAAAUUAUAAUUACAACGAAAAGAAUUCAAAACAACAUCGAAAAUUUCCAACUUCCGGUGGAUCAAAUUCCAGAUACAGACGCCCAAGAAGCCUGAUUCGCGUUUUCAAGGAAAUAAAUACCAGAAAGAAGCUCCAGAUAGCGGUCGAAAGUCCCAAACCUGUCGUAACUGUGGAGGUAAAUUCCCGCACAAAGACGGAAUAGAGUCCUGCCCAGCUAGAGGUAAACCUUGCCACAACUGCAAGAAAAUCGGUCAUUUUGCAAAAUAUUGCAGAUCUCAAUCUAAGGACAGUGGAAAUGUCAGACAUGUCAACCAAGAGAAAAGUCGUGAUUAUCUUCAAGAAUCGGACGAUGAAUUUCUUUUUACUGUCAACACAAGCUCGGGUAAACAUCCAGAAACGCAAGUACAGAUUGGACACACUAAAGUAAACAUUCUGAUUGAUUCCGGAGCCUCUGUUAACCUUGUGAACUACCCAAUUUUUCAACAAAUUCAGAAAGACGACAACCGUAUCAA